AGCAUGGGGUAAACAUGGAAGACCUAUCUUGUUAGAAAAUAUAUAAUUUUGAAUGGACAUGUAGAAUAAAUUUGGUUAUAAAGUGUAAUUAUUUUGGACAGUUUUUGUUUAUGAAGUUAGUAAUGGAUAUGUAUUAUAAAAUCAGAAGGGAAUAUUUUGCUUUAGGGUAGGAAUGCACAAUUUAAGAUAUGUAAAUUAUGUAUUUUAAUUUAAAUGUUUUAGUAAUAUUUUAAGUGUUUAUUGUUCAAAAAAGGAGAAUAAUGUUUUUUUUUAUAUUAAUUACUCUUCAUUAUUAACCAUGAUUAAUAUUUCAGAGAAGACAAGAAGAAACAGAUAUAUGCUUCAAAUGUGAAGGAAAGUGACAGAGAGAAGACUUUGGAAAGAAAAAAAUCAAGAGAAGCUGAGAAGGCAAAAACUGAGAUUGCAAAGGAAAAAGAGAUAAGGUAUUACUAUUUGUUCUUUAUAUAAAUUAUUUGUUCAUUAUUAAAAAAAUUCAUAUUUGUAUUAAUAUAUGGUCACAUUAACUAGGCCACAAAGGGAAAUCCCAAAUGUUCCUCUUGCUUUCCGAUCUCCAUACAUGGUCAAGUACAAGGAUUUGUUCAAAGAUGAAGACACAAUGAACAAACUUGUAACAGACUAUGCUUAUAGUGGAAAAGAUCAAAGUGAGCUACUAUACUAUGAUGGAGUGAAUUCGAUCAAUAGGGAAGAGAUGAAAACUCUUGAAGGGGAUACAUUAGUAGUUAACAAUGUGAUCGAUUCAUGGGCAGUACUUCUGAAUCAAAAAAGGUCAAAGAACAAGUUAUACUUUUCAACAUUUCCACAUCAAAUUAUGUAUGCAAAUACAGUGUGUCCUGAAGGAUCAUCAAUGGAGCUUAGAAUUGCAUACUUCAAAGAAAGAAUAACAAAUGAAUUGAGGUUAUACAAAAUCAAGAGUGCAGUUGGAUAUCAACAGUUAAAAGGAUAUGCAGAAUAUUUGAAAGGGUUGGGGUAUGAAGAUGCAGAUUCUAUUGAGAAAUAUAAGGUGGUUUUGCAAAAAAUGAAGUGGAGGAGCAACGAAGAUUACACCAACUGUGGAGUUUACAUUAUGAAACAUAUGGAAACUUUCACUGCUGAUCCCAAUGAAGAAUGGGUUUGUGACCUAAAACCAAACAAUGUAAACCAAAUCAGAAAGCUCAGAGUACAAUACACUGUUGAACUAAUGCUGAAUGAAGGAAACAGGCAGUCACAGAACAAUAGAAGAGCAGCAAGAAGAUUUGCACAAGCUUAA